AUGCCUCAUAGUCCGCAUCUCACACCGCUACAACCUCAUCCAAGGGAGGACCCUGACGUGAGUGGGGAAACCCCGCUGCCGCAGCGGGGUCCUUCCACGACGGGUUUCUUUUUUCCUCCACGUGGCAACGACCACGAGGCUGAGCCUUUUAACGAGGGGGAGGAUGGAAAAGAAAGGGUGAAUGGGGGGGAUGCGGCCCUCCGCGGGGCCUUUCAUUUGGAGGGAGAGGCACGGUUGGGAUCAGGGAAUGCACCGAUGCACAACGGGGCCGUGGAAUCUCCCACAUUAGGGGGGGUUUGGAAAUCGGACGAGAUGGGGGUGUUUUCCGCGCCACCCCCGUCUUCCAUGGAUCCCAUGUUUUACGGGGAUCUUGAUAUGGAGGACGAUGAGGGGGAGGCCGCGCCGGAUCCGAUGGGGGCCUCCAUUAUGGCCGCUAUGCUAAACCAUCUUCAUCACGGAAAACCUGAUGCCCACGCUCGUCCUCGCGUCCCUACACGCGCUGUGUUUGAGGUGGGUGAAAAACGAUCUCGUGAUGAGGCGACUUCAUUCCAGAAGCUUUGCGAUGAAGAAACAGGACCCGUGGGCGAGGUGGAAGCCCGAAACGAUGCUCUUCUUGAAAAGGGAUCAAACGUAACCCGUCGGAUUCACCCCACACGCGGCGUGUGUGAUUAUCCGUCGUCGGACUUGCCUAGCUUUAUGAUGGUGGGGGAUUCAGGGGUAACCUGUUGGGUGACUGCCCCUGGGUUGGAAAAGACCUCUCCCCAUCACCGUGUUCGUCGAAAGCGGAGGGGUUUUGAGGCUUUGGCGCGCAACGAGGAGGAUAACGGGGAUAGUUCCUGUGUGAGUGAGGACGAAGAGGCAUCGUCGACGAUCACUACCACCACGGAUGAGGGUGAGGAGGCCCUGAGUGAGAUCAUGAGUCGACGGCGAACACCAUCACUCGGGCUUUUCGGUGGCUCCACCCUUCCUUCCGAGGUUCUUCGUCAGCUGAACGCAUCGAAGGCGGUGGAGGAGGAGGAUCCACCGGUGGCGGCGUCGUUUGCGUGGGAGGGCAAACCGCUCCGCGCGCAUGGUGAGUUGUGGGUGAUGAAACACGCCCCCCGGCACUUUCGCGAGGUCCUCAGCGAUGAAACGAUCAACCUCCGUCUGCUGCGGUGGCUCAAAGGGUGGGAUUCGUUCGUCUUUCAGGGUGAGCUCGAAGGGGGAGGGGGGGGGGAAGGCCCGUCGUCGGAGGGCGCCCCCACGCGCGAUUUUGAGCGGAAACCAACGCCGCCGGUGGAUCGUCUUGCGGUGCUCGUCGGCCCCCCUGGGGUGGGGAAAACCACCCUUGCGCACAUUUUAGCCUCCCAUUGCGGUUACGAAGUCGUGGAGGUAAACGCGAGUAUGGAGCGGACCUACGCGCAGUUGGAGGCGCUCAUUCGGAUGGCAGUUUCCGCCUCCGGGGCGGCCUCGACGCGUCUUUCACGGCGACGCUCUGUGGUGGGGGAAGGCGGCAACCCCGCCAUCCUCGGCUCCAUUCCUCCUUCCAUCUCGUUGAUGGAUCAGCUUCUGAAGCCGAAAUGUCUCAUUAUUGACGAGAUGGAUGGGAUGGCGACGAGUGUGGCGCAGUUGCUGCUGAAUUUGGAUAUUCGCCGCCCCGUUUUUUGUCUUUGCAACGAUUUCUACGUGGCGUCGCUACGGCCGCUGCGAAAGCGCUGUGCGAAUGUCUUUUUCGUUCCCCCGAUCGCCCCUCAGCGGCUGCUCUCGCGAUUAUCGGAGAUCGCGUUAAAGGAGGACCUCGCGAUUGAUCAGAGCGUCCUCGCCGAGAUCGCGCGCGCGAGCAACGGCGACGUGCGCAGCUGCCUGAACACGAUGCAGCUGCUAAAGUGCAUGCCCCCUCCUACGGCUGCUGCGGCCCCGGCGCGGAUUUCCACCCUGGAGCGGGUUCACCAAAUUCAAGGAAAAGACGCCCAAGUCGAUGUGUGGGAAGGGUGGAAGCGGGUUUUUAACAAAGUGGACCGCACCCGGGCGAUUCAGCAGCUCAAAGAGUACGGCAUCGACUACGCGGCCCUCCUGACGGCUGCGGCGACGAGCCGCCAGGAGGGGAUCGCGACGCGCCGCAAACGGAACCGCGAGGGCUUUUCAAACCCCCCUCUCAAUGGCCUUUCCAACGCGGAGGAUGGGGAAACCCCCACUCCCACCAUGGCGGCGUCGCCGUCGUGUCGUUUUGAUCCCGGCUAUAUCCACCUCGCCUGUUUUCUCCGCCAGCGCGCCGGUGGGUUGUUCGGCGGCCGCACCUUCCUCGACGGCCUGCAGGAUAAUUUCCUCAGCCACCCCUACGGCGACUACGCCCUCGCCCACACCACCGCCGUCGCGGAGGCCUUCGCCACGCAGAACGUCUUGAGCGCGCGGGCGUUCGCGCAUAACAGCCCAGGGGGGAUCGACUUCGCCGCGCGGUUCGAGCUCGUAACGGCGCUUUGUUGCCACUUCCACUGCGGAGGGGGAAGAGGGGGAGGGGGAGGGUGGCCGCGUUAUCCCCGCGAGCAGGCGCAGGCGCAGCAGCUCUGGAGCGCCUCCCGGAGCGCCCUUCAGGCGUUUCGCGAGGGUUGCUCGUCGUUGGAGGUGGCGACGCACCUUUGGUCGACGGAGCCGCUCGCCGCGGAGGUCUGCCCGCUGCUCUUGCGCAGUCUUUUCGAUCGUCGUCUUCGUUUAUCGUCUUAUCCGAUGGCGGAUUUCAGUACCCUUCCGGCGGUGGAUCAGCGGUAUUUACAGGCGGCGGUAGAGCGGCAUGGGGUGUACGGCUUGAGCUAUCGAAAGCAAUCGCAGCCGCAUUUCUUCUUGGAGACGGGGCCGUUUGGGAAUCGCACGGGAUUCGCUUCAUCGAUGACGAAUGAUGAACCCCACUCGUCGCCGGGCUCCGGAGGAGGAGAAGGGGGAGGGGAGGGGAUGCUUCCUGAGGAGACGUGGUGCUUGACGCCUUCCAUUGAUCACGUCGGCGGGAUUCGUCGGCAUUUUAUUCCUGACCGCAGGCGGGCAAGGGUCCUCAUCGGGAAUCCCGCAGCCUCCACGACGGCCCCCACGACGUUUUCCACCCCAUCUAACACGGCCGAGGCGCGCGCAUCGCUGCCCUUUUUCAUGACGAUGAAGGAUGAGCUCAAACAGAUGAUCGUGGGCGCGAUUCAGCGCCAUGCGAUCGUCGUAAAGGCAAAAGGGCAUUUUCCAUCCCCACCUUCGUCCUCACUGAGAAGGGGGGCAGCUCAGCCAGUGGGGGUGGGGAAAGUCGCGAUCCCCCCUCGCGCGAAGCCUGUCGAGGAGCCCUCCCCUCCCCCCUCUCCUGUGAACAGCGCGGUGAAGGCGUCGAUCCCUGGCGGGAAACGCGAUUUCUUCGGUCGGAUCGUCGGCUCCGGCAGUACGAAAGGGGCCUCAAAAGGUCCGCUCGCCACCCCCUCUCCCCGCUCCGUUCCGCAGAAGCCUCCGGUACGCUACGUCUAUCACGACGGCUCCACCAACGCUGUGAAGUUUCCCGCCACUAUUCACGAUUUCUAG